CAACACGCACUUCUAGACAUGUCAGUGUUACGUGAAUACAUGGGGGUUGCGCUUGUUGUGUUGAGCCUGGGACUUUCAACAGGGGUCUUACUCCCUCCCUGCACGGAUUUGAUGAAAGAAGACGGAUGUCACAGUCUCCAAAACAUAUGUAGUGACAUUCUCGCCAGCGCCAUAUGCCCUAGCUAUUGUGGUCUUUGUCAUAAAGCGAUUACGAAGCCCUUUGACUUCUGCAUAGACCACAACCCGAUCUGUGGCACAAUGCCGAAUAUCUGCAACAACUCACUCGGACCGGCUCUGUGUGGGAAGACCUGUCAUUCUUGUGUAACAGCUGGAGUCUCAAAAACCACGGCACCAGUUGCAUCGUUUCCAUCUACUCCGUCUCCAAAUGUCGAUGUCACCUCAACCACCACUACAGCCCAUGUAUCAGCGGUUACCAAGCCGGUUGACACCUGCAUAGACCACGACUCGAUCUGUAGCACCAUGUCGGAUGUCUGCAGCAACUCACUCGGACCGGCUCUGUGUGGGAAGACAUGUCAUACUUGUGUAACGGCUGGAAGUACCAUUACCACGGCACCUGCAACAUCGUCAACUACAUCUACUCCAUCUACAACUGCCGCUGUCACCACAACGCCUGCAACACCCUCAACUGCCACAACAACUACAUCUGGUCCAUCUACAACUGCCGCUGUCACCACAGCGCCUACAACAACAUCUCUAUCCACAGCGAAAGCAAUACAGCGAUCGUGUUACAAGUGCGGGGAUGCCAACACGGGAACAGAUUGCACCAUUAUGGAAACUAUCGUGCCCAAAGCCUCCCCUUGUCCAUCAGACGCGGGUUUCUGUAUGACCGACAUCUUUCAACACACAGAUGGUUCAACGAAGUACAUCAGAAGGUGUGUCGACGAAGGAACAUGUCAAAGGCAAUGGUACGAACAGACCUCUGACAACAGCGAGUGUGUGGACGUCGACCCCACUACACUGUCCUCCGACAUCACCUGUAGGUACUGCUGCACCUCCGAUGACUGCAACAGCGGCAACAUGCCGGCCAGAAACACCCUGUACAAACCAAAACAUUGAUCUUUGUUUUCUAGAAAGCUUAUCUCUUUUCAA